AUGUUUGGCGAUGGGUUGGAUCCAGAGGAGUGGGGCUUAGAGGGAACCGACUUUGAGCAUAAUGGAAGCGAAGUCGAGGAGGGUGAACCCCUUCCCUCACUCCAACAUGUUUCGGACCAAGAGGCCCCUGGACCUGCGAUGCCCGAAGAUGUUGACACUGGUUCUGGGCCUCCUCCAACCCUUGCAAGCCAAUCGAAUCGAGCUUUCUUUGAAUCUUCGUUUAUCAGCAAUGCAAAGUUUUGUGAUAUCAAGCUUCCUUGGGAAACAGGUGUGGCUCAGCAGAUUUUCAGCGAUUCCGUUUUGACCACCCCUGUGACACCUAUGGUUGGUAUUUCUGACCUGGAGCAUGUGCCUCCUCAGCAUGCCGUGGAAACAGUUGUGGAUGACACAGUGUCGCAAACGAUGAUUGUGCAGACCUCAGCUGUCAUUUACACUUCGGUUGUGCAAAAUCUUGAUGACAAGACAUACGAUGAACAACGUGAUUCUUUGAUGGAUGCGGCCAUUUGCAAACUGUUGAUUGUUCUUCGGCAUUCCUUGCUUGCCAGCGUAGUCGGCCGCCAAAUCAUCGCCCUGGGCUCAGAGCAACAGCAAUUGGAAGGUGCCUCAGGAAUUGUGAAGCGGCUGCAUGAUGUUGCGUAUGACCAAGGCAGAAACAUUGUGGACAGAGGAGGGUUCUUGGAGAUCCGUACUUCCCAUCAUAAAACUAGCAAGACGGCAGAGAGAAGGGCCCAGCUCAUGCCCAUCCUCAUUCCUGCAAGGGGAGUCGAUGGGAAGGUCUGGUUGGACGUUGCUACGGAGAUAUUCGAUGAACUUGGCCUGGUGUUGGAAGGGCCUGUGGGGAAGCCGCUGUUUCCUGCUCCUAGUCAUAGUCACCGCUAUGAAUUGUUUUGCAAAAGGCCCAUGACAACGGGAGAGGCCUCGGCGUUCUUGAGAGCACUGGUGGGCAUCUUGGACAAGGCAAGUGAUGAGCAUGAACAGAUAGUCACUUCCCAUUCGGCUAAAGCUACUGUUCUGACUUGGGCUGCAAAGUUUGGACUUUCAGAGAACUCAAGAUCCAUUGUGGGCCGGCAUGCAAGCGCCACCACUGGUACCUAUGCCUUCUACUCACGGGAUCUUUGUGUGGCGCCCACACGUGAGCUGCAGUCCAUUGUGGAUGCUAUUUAUAAUGGUGAUUUCAACCCGGAUGCUCCGCGCAGCGCUUACUUUGCCAAGAGGCAGGACACUUCCCCUGAGGCGGAGCUUGUGGUUCUGGAUGACUCGUCUUCAGAGAGCUCUUCAGGGGACGCAGAUUCGCCUGAGUCUUCGUGCAAUGAGGAGCCACCUAUGAAGGUCAAGAGGUUCCGACCUCGUGUGCCCAAAUCUGAGUCUUGGUAUGUGCAUCGCAAGUCACACAUCUUGCAUUUGCUUCCUGAGCAAGACGAGUGUUUGACAUAUAGGUAUCUCGCUUGUGGAAAGCGCUUGACAGAUGCCUACAGCCUUUCUUCGGAGGCCACGGCGUGGAACGUCAUGUGCAAAUUGGUUCACGAGUUAACUUCAUUGAAGACACCUGAUCGUAUUCUUGACAUCGAAGCGAACAAGAUCGUGGUCAAGGACAAGGAGGAUAAACUCGAGGGUUACCAGAGAUGCACGAUUGCGCAAAUUGUGAAUGCCGACAAGGAAGCUUGGAGGAAGGUCAUUGAGCAGAGUGUGAAGCCUCGGAGGGAUGCUACCGGGGUGAGGCCACUUGAUGUACAGCUGAUGCAAGCCUUGACAUCGUAUGAAGUUUCCUUUUCACUCAUUCCGUUGUCGGCGAAGGUGAAGCCUGAACCAAAACCCAAUUAA